CACCUGGCUAACAUGGCUUAUCUGGCUCACCUGGCUGACAUGACUUAUCUGGCUUCGCCUGGCUGAAGUGGCUUUCCUGACUUAUCUGGCUCUUCUGGCUUUUCUGGCUCUUUUACCUUGUCUGGCUCUGGUGGUUCUCCUGAUUCACUCACCAUCUGCUGCACGUUCACAAUGAAGUUCAGUGGGAAUCAAUGUCCCUUUUGCUCCUGUCUACUGAGGUCAGUGGUUCGCCAGCGACACUUCACAAGAUGCGACCGUGCAGAAGAAUGGCAUCCGUGUCCCAGUUGCCACGAAAAAAUUCAGGUACGCGACUUUGGACUUCAUCAAGCAUCAUGCGGAAAGAUAGCGAACAAAAAUCAUGGCCACUGUAGUGCGCUGUCUGCUUUGGCAUCCCAGCAUCCAGUAUUGAUCCGCACGACCGAGCAUCCGUCAGAACAGAUUCCCUGGAGAGAUGGUCAAGGAAACACUUCUGUUAAUACCAUGACCCACGACGACGUAAUUAUCCAGAUGCAACAUAAAUAUACUGCUUUACAAUCGGAUUUCAUGCUGCUUGUUGAGAAAUUGCAUGAAUUUGGAGCUGUACUUAUGAGUUGCCGCCCUAUGCCUAGUGAUGUAUCGCUGCAUCGAUCCGCGAUACCUGAGUCUCGAAAUGCUCCAGCUCUUAAUAGUCCCCUGACAGUUGAGCCCCAGACCCUUUCCACUCAUUCUAGUCCGGGCAUUCAAAAAAACAGCAAUCCUCUUUUAUCUGGCAUCGACGCUGCAUUGUCUUCGAAACCCUUCGAUGCUAGUAUGCUUGCCAAUCACUCGGUGCCUCAAGAUAAAGGUAAACCCUAACGUAGCGCAGACUCCAGAUGUUUCUAAUUUUUAUCCAGAUACCGAGAUGCCUGAUUUGAACAACAACGAGGAUGAAAUCAAUACUCUAGAAUCAGCAAACUCCCAACAAGCCGGUCUAGAUGAGAAGCCAAGUAAUCCAGGCGUCGGAAUUCAGGAAGAAGAGAAAUUUAGCAACAAUCAGACAAGUACAAGCAGUUCCGUUGCCAUGGCUCACAGCAAUUGUGACGAACAGCAAGGGAAGGCAAAACUUUCGUUCCAGAGGCCUGGAAGAAGACUUUGGAGAGCAUCGCCCAAGGCAAGGUCUGAGAAUACGCGUAUUAAACCGCAAGGUGAGAGU